UAAUAAUCGAAGGCUCCGCCGUUGGCAACAUCUGUUUCGCAGAUUUUUUAGCCUACGCACACGUGCUCUCUCUCGGACAGUAUAUACCGGACCAUAGACAGAUACAACUGUGUAGUACAGAGAGCGAGAAAUAAAAAAGUGAAAAGUUGCGCCUUUGCGCACCUAUACUUUGAACUAUGUGCAGGAUAUAACGCGCACUCACGCAAACGCACGCACGCGGGGCAACAGAAAGCUCGGUUUACGAUCGCGGGAUAUACAUAUAUACGGACGUGCGCGCGCGAGCUUUUAUCCUCCCUUCUUCUUCUUUUUUUUUCGUAUCGUGCGCUAUACCCGUGUGUUAUACGAGAGAGCAGCGGGAACUGCUCGAUAUUGAAAAUAAGCUUUUGUUGUUGGGCGAGCGAGAGAGAGGACUCUUGGACUAUAUAUCGUCGAGAUAUAUUUAUUAGCGCGGGAAUACGAUGUUGACAUUAGGCUAAUUGUACGUUUAAGUAACUGUCAGUACUGAUAGAAGCGCGAUUAUGCUCAGUCGUUAUUUCACGAUCAGAUUGUAAUAUAAAUUAGUACAUUCUAAAUAAAAUAGUUAUAUUAUUCAUCAAUUAGCGAAUAGUUUCGAACACAUUCUUUCAUCGUUAUCAGAGUAUUUAAGGCAACGAAAAAAAUGUUUCUAGAUGUAGACAAUCCGUGUUAUUUAUACGAAGAUAUCAAUGCUGGCGUUCUUAUCAGAUUAAGCGAUUACAUAAUUACCAAUGACAUUAAAGAAGAAAAUUUAGAAGAUGAAAGAGUUUUAAGUGAUAUGUUACGUGCUUCAGAUAGAAGAUAUGUCGACAUUGAUCCCAUUACAACUGAACUAUUGAAUGAAUUUAAAGAUAGGAUAAUUGCUUUUACAAUUAAAAAUUUGAGAGAAGAGCCUCUUUUUUGUAGAAAUCAUGCCAUAUUGAAGGUCGCUUGCGUUGAAUAUGUACUGUAUCCUCAUGAAGAUAAUGAAGAAUAUGAAAAAAUAUAUCGUUGCGACGAACGAAGAGUGAUCGAGGCAUAUAAGGAUUUGUGUGGUUUUCGAAAAGAAAAUAUAUCCGACGAUAAAACCGUCGUGAGUGUUAAAAAAUUUUUUCGAGGCGAACCAUUUUUUUGGGAGAAUCUUUCGGAACCAUUUGUUGAGAAUAAUCUUUUGGAAACAAUCAGAUCAUAUUUGGAAGGUAUUUCGAUCGAGGAAGCUGAAAUACUGUAUAUACAACGUAAAUCAAUUGAAAUAAUUGAAGGUGAGCCACCGAACAUAAUGUAAAGUAUGACUCCGAUGAUUAGAAGGUGUGCCAACCAUCAGCAAAUAUAAUCAUGCCCAUCGAAGAUCAUCCACCAAUAUUGCUCACAAAAGACUAGCAGCCACAUUCACCUACUCCGUAGAUGUCUCAUCGGUUUCAAACUGAUUUUACAAGUGCUUAUUAUUUUUUUAAAUGGGUCAUUGUACCUAUAUUACACAAAUUUUUAUAUAUUUUCCUUAAAAUGUAAUCGCCCUAAAAAAAAAACUAUUAUUUAACUAUUUAUUCGAACUCAUUGGCUAAACUAAAGAUGAUUCAGGAAUCAUCCACAAAAUCGUUCACAUUGUAACUUGAAUUUUUCAACAGACAUUGCGUCACAGUUUUGCGCGUUGAAUGACACACGCAAGCUGUGUCCAAAUUUUUCUUACUUGACAAUACAGCUCCUUGAAAAAUGUAGAUCAAGUGUAGUAAUUAACCUUUUUAUAAAUGAUAUUUAAAUUUCUAAAAAUUAUGAAAAUAUAGGAUACCCAAAUA